GUGAUCUAUGCAAACUGUAAACGCCCCUAACAGCGUCUUAAAAAGCAUCAAGUUUCAUCAGAUUCAUUCGCUUUCCUUCGCGUUUGGAAGAUGGCACACUACACAGGUGAGCAGGCUCUUCAGAUGGUCCUGGACAGUGAGGAAGAGUUCACUCUUUCCUCGGAAGAAGAACACGACUCUGACGAUGAACGUCUGCAUUUUGAAGAGCGACUUGAUCCAGCUGAAGAUACAGUUUCUGAUGAGAAUGUGGAUCCAUCACUCUCACAUUCACCUGCAAUUCCCACUAGGAGGGCACGCAGCAACACAGGCGGAAAUGAGAAAGAUGGAGACACUGUGCAGAGGAGGGUGAAAUCACAAGGUACAUGGAGGACAAAGACAUUUCCGUGUCCUGCACCUGUGACUGCAUACAACCAACACAUGGGGGGUGUCGACCUGUCUGAUCAGCUGAUACAAUACUACACAACACAACACAAAACAAUGAAGUGGUACAGAAAGAUCUUUCUACACUUCCUGGACAUUGCUGCCACAAACGCUUUCAUUAUACACAAAGACCUAUACGAUACCAUGACCCAUAAAGAGUUCAUAGAACAGCUUAUUGCAGAGCUCUGUGGUGUGUCGUCACAGAAAGCAGCUCCAAAACAGACCAAAAGUGACCAUGUACCGGUUCCAGGAGCAGAGCUGACAUCAGAUGCAAGGAAUAAUGCCACCGCUGGUCGUCGGAACUGCAUGCUUUGCAAAGUACAGCUUGGUAAAAGGCAAGACACACCUUGGAAAUGCCAGGCAUGUGACAUUUACUUGUGUCUUCAGUUGAAAAGGAACUGUUUUCAAAAAUGGCACACAGAUGUGUGACUGUUCAGAUUCUCUGUUCACCACCUCUCACUGACCAUUGGGCUGCAAAGAUUAUCUAUAUGUGAUCAAGCAGGUUAUGUAUAGGGUGUAAAAGUGGGCUUUUUUUAUAAACCUUACCUUUAUUUGCCUGUAUACACAAAAUAUGCCUUUGACCCUAGUUUAUAUGUGGAUUAUAUUGUUAACUUUAUUUUAAAUAAAAAAGAAAAAAAACAAUGAUAUGUCUUGUCUUUGCAUUUUCUUAGUUGACUCAGUCACAUUCCUGACUGAAUGGCUCAUUAUGCGGCUCAUUAGGGGCAGGGUCUUAAUCUCCCCAGGUGUAAAUCACUUCAUUAUUCAUGAAGAGUCACACCUCUUCGCAUAUGGCCUACCUAAACAAAAAGU